UUUAAGAAAAUGGAAAUAAAACUAUUUUGCCCGGCUACCAUAGCGAAUCUUUCGUGCGGAUUUGACGUACUUGGACUUUGCUUAGACAAUGCGGGUGAUGAAAUGAUUGUUCGUAAAGUAGAACAAAAAGGAGUUCGUAUUACUAAAAUUGUCGGUGCCGAUUUACCUUUGGAAACCGAGAAAAAUGUUUCGGGUGUUGCGGCAAUUGCGAUGCUUGAAGCUUACGAAAGAGAUUUUGAACCGAUAAAUUUUGGUUUCGAAAUCGAAAUCUAUAAACACAUCAAAGCCGGAAGCGGAAUUGGUAGCAGCGCUGCAAGUUCUGCCGGAGCAGUUUUUGGAAUUAAUGAAUUAUUAGGAAAACCAUAUUCCCGCAAAGAUUUGGUGCAAUUUGCCAUGCAGGGCGAGAAAUUAGCCAGCGGAAACGCGCAUGCUGACAACGUUGCUCCUGCCCUUUUGGGAGGUUUUACUUUGGUAAGAAGUUAUGCUCCGCUUGAUAUUAUCAGAAUUGAUAGUCCUGAGGAAUUGUUCGCAACGGUGGUUCACCCUCAAAUUGAGUUAAAAACAUCUGACGCACGCUCGGUAUUAAAACAAACCGUUUCCCUAAAAAGCGCGAUCAUGCAAUGGGGAAAUGUAGGCGGAUUAAUCGCAGGUUUGUAUACCAAAGAUUACGACUUGAUUGGAAGAUCUCUUCAUGACGAAAUCGUAGAGCCUCUAAGAAGUGUAUUGAUUCCUGGUUUCGACCUUAUCAAACAAACGGCUCUUGAAAACGGCGCCUUAGGUUCCGGAAUUUCAGGUUCUGGUCCGUCGAUUUAUGCUUUAAGCAGAGGAAAAAAUACCGCCGACCAAAUUGCCAAAGCCAUGAGCGACGUUUACGAAAAUAUGAAUUUGCCGUAUGAAAUUCACGUUUCGAAAAUUAAUCCAGACGGCGUACGUGUUCUUUGA